CCCCCAGUUCGACUGGGGGGCUUUUGUCCCCCAAAGGCCUGGUGAAGACUUCCUGAUCGCCCCGCAGCCAUGGCGGAGGGCGCGAAAGCUAAGGAGGAUCCCUAUGUCGAGGUCAAAGCGCUUCUGGACAGGCAGAUGCGGCAUCAACCGUAUGAGCGCUUCGACCGGAUCUACGAAGGCGACGAGUUCGCGGACUCGCGCUUUGCCGAGUUGGUCGCCUGGGGCCGCGAUCAGACCUUCACGGGCCUCACGCGUGGCACGCCGAAAGGCGCCAACACACCGCAUGGAUGGGGUGUUCUGGAGCAUCACGAGGGCUUCUUGCAAGCCUGUGCCAUUUGGCGAGAUGGUGUUGCGGAUGGCCCUGGGAUGUGGGCGAGCGUGGUGGACGGCAAAGAGCAGUGCCCUGGACCGGUGAGAGGGGGCAAGCGCCAUGGCUACUUCGCUCUGGUCAAAGAAGGUGGCGUGUACCUGGAGGAUUACGACCAUGGAGAGCUGAAGAAGAGGAUCAAGUGGAGACGAGACAAACUGCAUGUGACCUGCGCAAGAUGUGGCUUGCUCUUCGUGCCAUCGGCCAACACUUCAGAAGAAAAGUUCUGCCGCUUCCACUUGUCUAAGCCUGACUACGAUGGGCGCUACUCCUGCUGUGGAGCCUUGCACGCUGUGAAUCCACGGGGCUGCGCCACGUCCACACAUGUGGAGCCCGAGCUGGAAGGCACUGCAGCCGUGGGAGUGCAUCUAGCGGCUCUUGACCUCAAGGGUGCGCAUGUUUUUUUUGUGCAUUCGCCACGGGCAGGUCUCGUCGAUGGACAAAACUGGUGAGGGCAUAUUCUCCUGCUACUACUAUUUGCUACUGCUAUUCAACUUUGGGUACCUAUCAGCCUAUCGGCAUGUUGACAUGCAGGGUAGGAGUUGCAAUGGGCAAGUGAUCUUUUUCUUUCUGUGGAAUCUGUAGUGGAACCCAGCAAUGGCUCUUUUGUGGGGGAGUCCUUUUGGAAUGGCCACUGACUCAGCAUCCGCAGACUGCUCUGAGGCAUCAUUCACCGCGCUACGCUGCUACAUAUAGAUAUCCGCCCAACCCCAACAGUGAAAGAGAAACCCAACACCUGUGGACUGGGCCCUUGGAUCUUGGGGGGGCCUGGCCUUACUACUAGGAGCAAGAAGCUACGAACGUAGCGGAGCCUUCACCUCCGAAAGCGCUGCCGCCCUUCGACUGUUUGCCUUCAGAUGACGCGACGAGCCGGUGACGCGCCGCGUGACGCGUCGCGAGCCGGCAGCCUUCAGGGGGGCGACAAAGCUCGUUCCGCCCUGAAGGGUGGCGGCGGGGGACACCGGCGGGGUGAACCGAUGCCGUGAGUGAA